UUAGGCGAGAACACCCGGAAGUAGUUGCGCGGCCGUGCUCCGCUUACCGGAAUUAGUCUUCUUUCCUGAUUAGUUCGAGGAUUUGUAUUGAUGGAAGAGAUGUCGGGUGAAAGUGUGGUGAGCACGGCAGUGCCAGCAGCUACAACACGAACCACAUCAUUUAAAGGGUCAAGCCCAAGCUCGAAGUAUGUCAAGCUAAAUGUUGGUGGUGCUCUUUAUUACACCACCAUGCAGACCUUAACCAAACAAGAUACAAUGUUAAAAGCAAUGUUCAGUGGAAGAAUGGAGGUGCUCACAGAUAGUGAAGGCUGGAUCCUCAUAGAUCGCUGUGGGAAACACUUUGGAACAAUUCUCAAUUACCUAAGAGAUGGCGCAGUGCCUCUACCAGAAAGCCGUCAAGAGAUAGAGGAGUUACUUGCGGAAGCCAAAUACUACCUUGUUCAAGGCCUGGCAGAUGAAUGUCAAGCAGCGCUACAGAAUAAAGUUGCAUAUAAGCCUUGCUGCAAAGUCCCUGUUAUUACAUCCUCCAAGGAAGAACAAAGGCUGAUUGCCACUUCAAACAAGCCUGCUGUAAAACUGCUAUACAACAGAAGCAACAAUAAAUAUUCUUACACUAGCAACUCAGAUGACAAUAUGCUGAAGAAUAUUGAACUAUUUGACAAGCUUUCCCUGCGAUUCAAUGGUAGGGUACUUUUCAUCAAAGAUGUCUUAGGAGAUGAAAUCUGCUGCUGGUCUUUUUAUGGACAAGGUCGCAAAAUUGCAGAAGUCUGCUGUACAUCCAUUGUUUAUGCCACAGAAAAGAAGCAGACCAAGGUUGAGUUCCCAGAAGCACGCAUAUACGAGGAGACCCUGAAUAUCCUGCUGUAUGAAGCUCAGGAUGGGCGAGGACCUGACAAUGCCUUACUGGAGGCCACGGGGGGUGCUGCUGGACGGUCACAUCAUCUUGAUGAAGAUGAAGAGAGAGAACGCAUUGAACGUGUGAGGAGAAUUCAUGUGAAACGGCCUGAUGACCGAACACACCACCACCAGUGAGGCCACAGUGGACAAUUGAAUCUACCACUGUGAUUCACUUUAGCUCGUUAUAUUUAUCAUGUUGGUGGGGAAAGAGGAAAUGAAGGCUGCACAUCUUGCAGAUUUGGGAAGGUAGAAAGCUAUCAAGUUUGUAUGUGUAGUUACGUCUGUUACAGAAAUGUACUUUCGAGUGCUCUUAAAACUAUUCAAGACUUUCAGGUAGCCUUCGUCAUCUGUACUUUUGCAGCAUGCUUAGGGAGCGGUUUGAGGAGAGAGGUUGAUGGUAGUAUAUUUUUCUGCUAAAUGUCGUGCCUUUGGAAAGCCUUGUAUUUAGUAAUCUAAAUCAGAGUAAAGAGUCUAUUUUAUAUUUCUAUAAAUACCCUAAAGGCUUAAAGUACAAGGAGAAAGCAUUUGCUAUUUAAAGGGAGAAAUUGUAAUGUGUUGGAUUCAGAAAAAAGCCUUAAAUAUUUUGCAUUUGAGAAACAAGUGAUUGUUUUGUCUUUGAGUACUUUAUAUUACUAAUUUUGUUUUAUAUUGAUUCAUUUCAAGUGUGCUGAGAUGCCUGUCCACUUUUUAUGUAGCAAUGAAGUAAUGUAUGAAAAGGGGGUUAGGCAUUGGCAGACUGCAGUUAGGACCCAAGAAUGUGCUUAUGUAGUUGAGCAUGUGUUACAUACAAAGGGUUUUUAUCUGAGUUUGUAAAUCCAGCACUAGUUGUAUCAUCAUGUUUCACCUCCCCCAGGGGUGGAGAAUGCUAUUUCAUUCUUUAAAAGAUGGAACGUUUUGUUUGUGUACCCUGCACAAAGAUUGUGGGGAAGUGGUAACUGUUGUAUUUAUAUAUGUUAGUUUUCAGUCCUUCACCCAAUAAUACUUUUACUCUGUUUAUUGGCAGCUUUUGUGAUACCUUAGUGUUUUCUGUAUGGGCCACUUCUCUUUAGAUUAAAAAAAUAAAUAA